AUGUCUCGUUUAAUUGUCAAGGGUCUCCCGAAGUAUCUCACAGAGGACAGGCUCCGGAAGCAUUUUGCUGCCGAGGGCAGCGUGUCGGACGUGAAGCUCAUGAAAAAAAGAAACGGCGAGUCCAGACAGUUUGCAUUCAUCGGCUACAAGUCAUCUGAAGAUGCCAAAAAAGCCGCCAAAUUCUUCAACAAGACGUUUAUCGACACAGCCAGAAUUGAGGUUGAAGUUGCCAAAACGUGGGCCGAUCCUACGGUGCCCCAGGCCGUCAGAGAAAAAAGAAGACUAGCCGAAAGACGUCUCAUGGAGCAGGAAGAAAGACUCGAAAGACAGAAGGAGGAGGCCGAGCAGAGAAAGAGGCAGAAAACGGAAAAGAAAUCCAAACUUGACGAGGAGAUCGCUGCAAACCCAAAGUUGAAAGAGUUUAUCGAGGCUACAAAGCCUGCUUCUCAGAGGCAGUCUUGGGCUAACGAUGGAGCCGAUGGACUGGGUGCUCCUUCUGCAAAAGCUCUAGAAACCGCUUUGGCCGAGCAGGAUGGUCCUAAAGUCGAUGAAGAGAAGUACAGCGUGGCUCAGGCGCAAGAAGCUGCCAGUGACGAUGAAUAUGACGAUUUUGGCAAGGACGAGCCUGAGGAGGACGAGCCCAUGAUGAGUCUCAAUGACGUGAAGGAGGGUGAAAAUGCCGAGGAGGAAGCAGCCGACGACGACUUGGCCAAGGACGAGAACGUUUCGGAUCUAGAUUGGCUCAAACUGAGAAGAAUCAGAAUGAAGGAGAACCAGCCGGAAGAGGAGGAAACAAAAGAGGAACAGCCUGUGGAAAAGCCCCAAAGAGUCCACAAAGAGCCCGUUCAGCAGAAAUCCGAGGCCGAAAAGAUCAAGGAAACCGGCCGUCUUUUCAUCAGAAACAUUCUCUACGAUUCCACGGAAGACGACUUCAGAGAACUCUUCAGCGAUUACGGCCCUCUCGAGGAGGUCCACAUCGCCAUCGACACGCGUACCGGAAAAUCAAAAGGUUUCGUCUACAUCCAGUUUGUCCGGAACCACGACGCCGUUUCCGCCUACAACGCCUUGGAUAAGCAGAUUUUCCAGGGCAGACUUUUGCAUAUCUUGGCGGCCGAGGCCAAAAAGGACCAUCGUCUUGACGAAUUUGCAUUGAAGAACUUGCCACUCAAAAAGCAGCGUGAGCUCAAGAGAAAAGCCCAGGCCGGUAAGUCUCAGUUCAACUGGAACUCGCUUUACAUGAACAACGACGCUGUGCUUGAAUCCGUGGCAGCCAAAAUGGGUGUUUCCAAGCUGCAGUUGAUCGACCCCCAAAACUCCAAUUCUGCUGUCAAGCAGGCGUUGGCAGAGGCCCAUGUCAUUGGUGAUGUCAGAAAGUACUUUGAAGAUAGAGGUGUGGACUUGACGAAGUUUGACCAGAAGGAGCGUGACGACACCACCAUCUUGGUGAAGAACUUCCCCUUUGGAACCACCAGUGCCGAAUUGGGUGAUCUUUUCGCCGAGUACGGCCAGAUCAAGCGUAUAUUGAUGCCUCCUGCUGGAACCAUCGCCAUUGUGGAGUUUAGAGAUGCACCAGGCGCCAGAGCUGCCUUCACAAAAUUGGCCUACAGAAUGUUCAAAAAGAGCAUUCUCUACUUGGAAAAAGGUCCUCGUGAUUUGUUCGUUCGUGAGCCCGUUGCUGGCGAAUCUGUUGACGUUGAGAAGCCUUCUGAAAAGGCUGUUGAAGCCAAGAUCACCGCCGACGACGUCAUGGGCAGCGAAAAGCGUGCUGAGAGCGACGUUGAAGACGAAAUCGAGGGCCCUACCGUGUCUGUGUUCGUGAAGAACUUGAACUUCGCUACUACAUCCGCCGCAUUGACCAACUUGUUCAAGCAAAUCCCCGAUUUCGUCGUUGCCACUGUCAAAACGAAACCAGACCCAAAGAACCAGGGCAGCGUGCUCAGUAUGGGUUUCGGUUUCGCCGAAUUCAAAUCCAAGGAUGCUGCUGAUAAGGCCAUUGCUACUCUCGAUGGCUACAACUUGGAAGGCCACAAGAUCCAGUUGAAGUUGUCUCACCGCAAGUCCGGCGCCAAAGACACCACCGCCAAGUCGAAGAAAUCCAGCAAAAUCAUCAUCAAGAACUUGCCGUUCGAGGCUGCCAGAAGAGACGUUUUGGAGCUUUUUGGCGCUUAUGGCCAGAUCAAAUCCGUCAGAGUGCCCAAGAAGUUCGACAAGAGCGCCAGAGGUUUCGCUUUUGUGGAGUAUACGUUGUUGAAGGAGGCAGAAAACGCCAUGGACCAAUUGCAGGGUGUCCAUUUGCUUGGAAGACGUUUGGUGAUGCAGUAUGCUGAACAGGAUAGUGAAGAUGCCGAGGAAGAGAUUGAGAAGAUGACCAACAAGAUGAGAAAGCAGGCUGCCUCCAGGGAGGUUGCUGCUUUGAAGAUGACUGGUAAGGGCAAGGUCUCGCUUGAAGACGACGAAGAGGACCCUUUCAAGGAGUUUUAG